UUGCGGCAGACGUUCGAAGCGCUGGGGGCGACGUACGUGAAGCUGGGGCAGUUCAUCGCGUCGGCGCCGUCGGCGUUUCCGAAGGAAUUCGUGGACGAGUUUCAAAAGUGCCUGGACGAGACGCCGGCGACGCCGUUCGCGGAGAUGAGGGCGAUCGUGGAGGAGGAGCUGCGAGAGAAGGGCGCGGGGAGCGUCGAGGACGUCUUCUCGUUCGUCGACCCCACGCCGCUCGCGUCCGCGUCCGUCGCGCAGGUGCACCGGGCGACGCUCCGCGGGUCGAACAAAGACGUCGUGAUCAAAAUUUUGAAACCCGACGUCGAGGCGACGCUGUCAGCGGACUUGUCGUUCGCGCUCGUCGCCGCGAAGGUGUUGCAGUUUCUGAACCCCGAGCUCUCGCGCGCGUCGCUCGUCGACAUCGUAGGCGACGUGCGCGCGAGCAUGCUCGAGGAGACGGACUUUCGAAAAGAGGCGGAGAACGUCGCGGCGUAUCUGGAACAAAACGAUCUCUCCGGCGUCGCGACGGCGCCGUACGUGUACGAACGAUACAGCGGCAAGCGCGUGAUGACGAUGGAAUUUCUGGACGGCGUCGCGUUGACCGACCUCGACGCGAUCAAGGGCGUGAGCUCCGACCCGGAGCUGACGCUCGUGAACGCGUUGAACGUGUGGUUCGGGUCCGUCCUCGCGUGCGAGUCGUUCCACGCGGACGUGCACGCGGGUAAUCUGUUGGUGUUGCGAGACACCGGGAAGAUCGGCUUCAUCGACUUCGGGAUCGUCGGGCGGGUGUCGCCGAGCACGUGGAACGCGAUGCAGACGUUCCUGCAGAGCACGGUGAGCCGCGAGUACGACCGGAUGGCGCUCGCGCUCGUGACGAUGGGCGCCGCGGACGACGACGUGGACGUGGAGAAGUUCGCGAGAGAUUUGAAACGCGUCUACGACGCCAUCGACGCGGUGGAACCUUCGGUGGUCGUCUCCGAGGAUCUCGACACCGGGGCGCAGCGCGCGUCCGUGGCCGUGGACCAGCAGGAGAUCGCGACGCUGGUCACGGAGCUGAUCGUCGUCGGCGAGGAGAACGGCGUGAAGUUCCCUCGGGAGUUUGGUUUGCUGUUGAAGCAGGUUCUGUACUUUGACCGGUACGUGCAGGUGUUGGCGCCGGAUCUGCAAGUCGUGGACGACGACAGACUC